CUCUUUGUCAUUUCCAAUCUCCAAUCGACACGAUCUCGAAACGCACCGGAUUCACAAGAAGCUCCCGUCACACACACACGCAAAAGAGACCACCCAGACCAUCCUCUUUCUCGGGAUAAAGAGUAUCGAUACUACAGCCAAACAAACCACUGCAAGCGGCGUUCUUCCUCCGCCGGAUAUUAAACUCACCCGCAGGUGACACAACAUGCUAACUCUCACAGGCGGCUCCACACCCAUUGCCGCGAAAUGCACGGUCCAAAUCAAAAGGCGGUUCAGGGUUCCCUCCGCCGCUGCCGGGUUCCCUUCUUUCCUUCCCAAAGAGGUCGAAAAGAUCAAAGACCCGUUUGCCCGCAAGCUCGCCGCCCGAAUUGAAAGGCUACCCGUGAGUUUUGGAGAGAAUAGUGUGAUGAGUAGUUGUGUGAAGCCAUUAGUGCAGAGCGAGACGAGUCCCGUGGUUCUUCUCCAUGGUUUUGACAGCUCCUGUUUAGAAUGGAGAUAUACUUAUCCAUUGCUCGAGGAAGCGGGAUUGGAGACUUGGGCUGUUGACAUUCUUGGUUGGGGUUUCUCCGAUUUAGAAAGACUUCCCUCCUGCAAUGUGGUCUCUAAGCGUGAGCAUUUUUUUCAGCUUUGGAAAUCCUACAUUAAGAGGCCAAUGAUAUUGGUUGGACCAAGCCUUGGUGCUGCUGUUGCAAUUGACUUUGCAGUCAGCCAUCCAGAAGCGGUCGAAAGGCUGGUGUUGGUUGAUGCAAGUGUGUAUACAGAAGGCACGGGAAAUCUAGCAACCAUGCCUAAUGUAGCCUAUGCUGGAGUGUAUAUACUGAAGAGUCUCCCACUGCGCAUCUAUGCAAACUUUUUGAGCUUCAGUGGCAUAUCACUUGCUACCAGUUUAGAUUGGGCUAAUAUUGGCCGCUUGCAUUGUCUGUUUCCUUGGUGGGAGGAUGCAGCUGUGGAUUUCAUGAUGAGUGGGGGUUAUAAUGUUAGUGCCCAGAUAGAACAGGUAAAGCAAAGGACGCUUAUCAUAUGGGGUGAGGAUGACCAGAUUAUUAGCAGCAAGCUUGGAGUGAGAUUGCACUGCGAAUUGCCAAAUGCUAUUUUACGACAAAUACCAGAAUGCGGACACCUUCCUCACGUGGAAAAGCCAAGCUCAGCUGCUAAGUUGGUUGUGGAAUUUGUUCAACAAGAUCAGUACAAAGAAGUCCAAUGCAUUGCUCAAGUUUGAAGGUUUACCUUCCAUCUUCGCUUAAAUGAUAUUCACAAUUUCAUAUCCUGCCAUACAUACUUUACAAAUUGGGGUGGGUUGGCAUCUUUUAAGACAUACAUUCGGGUUCCCGGGUUCCGAAUUGUGUCAUCUCUUAGACAGUUCAAGGUCACUAGUAGGAUAUAGAAACGAAUCCUUUACAACAAACCCCAGAUGCAAACAUGGAUGUAAAAGCAUCCAUUUCACUGGCAGUAAUUGUAACUUUGUAUCAGGAUUUAUCUUCAAUUACUAUCUGCUAUAUAUGUAACUAGAAGGAGUUGCGUGUGUAUGCCUAGUGGUUUAGAAUCGUCUUUAAGUAGCUGGGUGGAAUUUGUUGACCUUAGCGUUAGUUACACAUGUUUAAAUAUGUAUGGGCGGCCUUCAGAUACCUUUCAGAACUAACCAUCCGGGACCAUCUGUACAAAGUUUUUUCUUAAUUUGUAAUUUUGAUGUUUUUCCUUUUAUGAUUAA